UCAAAGGCACUUGUACGGAGAGGACUGUUGGCCUCUGAAGGGACUGAGCCAGUUCAGGCCAGCCUGCUGCUCUUUCUCUCCUACUCUCCUUUUCUUUUCCCUCUCACUCUGUGCUCCUGUCCUGUCAGUUUAGGGAGAGAAAGCUUGGGGAAAUUCCUUUAAGCUACUUUACUUCAGGUCUCUGUGGGAUUUAAACAUGCACACUGAGGUUUUUGUGCAGUCCAUGUUAGUGCCCGUGUUUCUGAUUCUGCUCUCUACUGUGGAGGACACUUUGUUACAAUCAGUGAGGCAGAUAGGUGGUGUGUGUAAACUGUCCACAGAGUCAUCCCUGCGCCGCUGCCGCACACCCGAUGGAAAGAUUUGCAGUGGGAGGGGCAAAUGUGAAUGUGGUAUCUGCAUCUGCACAGCCACAGAUCCAGGGAAGUUCUUUGGGCCUCGCUGCGAGUGCCACGAUUGGGUCUGUGCUUCACAUGAUGGCAACAUUUGCAACGACCGUGGCUACUGUGACUGUGGGGUGUGUGAGUGUGAUGAAGGCUGGUCGGGAGAUGCCUGCCAGUUCCAGGACGAUUGUAACCUCCCCAACAAGAAGAGCAGGGAGCUCUGCAAAAACCCACAGGGGGUGGUUUGCUCCAACAGAGGAACCUGCCACUGUGGUAGCUGCAUGUGUGACAAUAAGGAGAACAGAGGCCUGGUGACAGGACGUUUCUGUGAGUGUGACGAUAACGAGUGUCUGGACGAGGACACUGGAGACGUGUGUGGAGGCCAUGGCCAGUGUUACUGUGGAAACUGUUACUGUGCUGCUGGUUGGCAUGGAGACAAAUGUGAAUUCCAGUGUGACAUCAGCCCAUGGGAAAGCAAACGGAGAUGCACAUCUCCAGAUGGCAAAAUCUGCAGCAACAGAGGGACCUGUGUGUGUGGGGAGUGCACCUGUUAUGAUGUAGAUCCCUCUGGCGACUGGGGAGAUAUUCAUGGAGACACCUGCGAGUGUGACGAGAGGAACUGUCAUGCAACCUAUGACCGAUAUACAGAUGACUUCUGCUCAGGUCAUGGCCAAUGUAACUGUGGCAGAUGUGACUGCAAGGAGGAAUGGGUGGGAAAGAAGUGUGAGCAUCCUCUGUCAUGCUCCCUGUCUCUGGAGAGCAGUCUGAAGAGGUGUCGAGGAACGUCCAAUUUGUCCUGCUUUGGACGAGGUCAGUGCCAGUGUGGACAGUGUACUUGUCAUCCACCUGGGGACAGUCGUGUUCACGGCAAAAACUGUGAGUGUGACGAUCGCCAGUGCGAGGACAUCGGCGGAGAGGUCUGUGGAGGUCACGGUUUCUGUUCAUGUGGACGGUGCAUCUGCAAGGACGGCUGGUUUGGUAAGCUGUGCCAGUUCCCCCGGUCCUGUGAGAUGAGCGACGUGCAAAGCAAGGAGCUUUGUGAGACCUCCGACGGAGUCAUCUGCAGUGGAAAAGGUUCCUGUCACUGUGGCCAGUGUAUCUGCACUCCCCAAGAGUCGUGGGUGUCUGGAGAGUACUGCGAGUGUGACGACCGGGAGUGUGACAAACAUGAUGGUCUCAUCUGCACAGGGAAUGGGUUGUGCAAUUGCGGCAACUGUGAGUGCUGGGAUGGCUGGACAGGGAACGCUUGUGAAAUCUGGGUAGGAGCGGAGUACUGAGAAGAAUGGGAUGCUGGGGGUUAGAGACAAGAGGCCUGGCUGCCCGGAGCAACCAGGAGCACCACUGCCAACAAUCAUGACCAGACUAGUAAAUCACCAAAGCCUGGAAACCACAGGAGGAGGCAUGACACGGAUUUCAUUUUGUAUAUCACUCACCAUAUUCAGUCAUUUAUUAAGCUGGUUACAAAUGAUCCUGAUUAAAAGUGGACUUUUGUAGGUGAAAAGAAACGGCUUUAGCUUUUGUGUUUAAACAAUAGUACAGUGUAAACAUUUCUGUUUCCAAAACACCUUUAUGUAUUUUCUUUUUUUUUAGAAUGUAUUAACUGCAUAUUGUUACACGUUGAUAAAAAUCCAGGUAGACAAUGAA